AUGUCGCAGCCGACGGCGAUCCUGUCUGUGUACGACAAAACGGGCCUUAUUGAGCUUGCGCAAGGCCUUGCUGCCAAGGGCGUGCGUCUGCUUGGUAGUGGCGGUACGGCGCGUGCCGUGCGCAAUGCCGGCAUCGAAAUUGGCGAUGUCUCUGACAUUACCAAGGCGCCGGAAAUGCUUCAGGGACGUGUCAAGACGCUGCAUCCUGCCGUUCACGGUGGUAUUCUUGCGCGUACGUCGCUUGAGUCCGACCGCUCGGACCUGGAGACUCAGCAGAUUGCCCCGAUUGACAUUGUGGUAUGCAACCUGUACCCAUUUGAGGAGACUGUGGCGCGUGACCCUGCGCCGACCAUCGCUGAGGCGGUGGAAGAGGUGGACAUUGGCGGCGUGACGCUGAUCCGUGCUGCUGCUAAGAACCACGACCGUGUGUGGGUGCUGUGCGACCCGAAGGACUACUCGACAUUCUUGUCGCAGUACGGUGAGGAGAGUGACGCUGCGAAGCAGAGCCGUGAACGUUUUGCGUUGAAGGGCUUUACGCACACGGCGCACUACGACACGGCGAUUAGCCAGUACUUCCGUGAGAAGUAUGCGUCGGCGCCGCGCGAGCCCGUCCAGCAGAUGACACUGCGCUACGGUGCGAACCCGCACCAGAAGCCGGCGCAGGCGUUUGUGGAGGAGGGUGCGCUGCCGUUCACCGCACUGAGCGGUUCGCCAGGCUACAUUAACCUACUGGAUGGUCUCAAUGCAUGGGCGCUCGUGAAGGAGCUUAGCGAGGCGACCCAGCGCGCGGCCGCUGCCUCGUUCAAGCAUGUGUCGCCGGCGGGCGCUGCUGUGGCCGUGCCGCUCUCGGAGGCGGAGGCACGUGCGUGCUUUGUCGCGGACCUCGGCGAGCUGUCGCCCAUCGCUACGGCGUAUGCGCGUGCACGUGGCGCUGAUCGCAUGAGCAGCUUUGGCGACUUUAUUGCGCUGUCGCAUGUGUGUGACGAGCAGACCGCCAAGAUGAUCUCGCGUGAGGUGAGUGACGGUGUGAUUGCGCCGGGCUACGAGCCUGCUGCGCUGGAGCUGCUGCGUGCGAAGAAGGGCGGCAAGUACUGUGUGCUGCGGAUGGACCCAUCCUACGAGCCGGCGACGACCGAGUCGCGUCAGGUGUACGGUGUGACGUUGCAGCAGCGCCGCAACGAUCUGAAGAUUACGCCCGCGCUCUUUGAAAACAUUGUGAGCGCUGCGAAGGACGUGCCGGAGUCGGCGACGCUUGAUAUGCUCGUUGCUACCAUUGCGUUGAAGUACACCCAGUCGAACAGUGUGUGCUAUGCGCUGCACGGCCAGGUGAUUGGUCUUGGUGCGGGUCAGCAGUCGCGUAUUCACUGCACGCGUCUGGCCGGUGGCAAGGCGGACAACUGGUGGCUGCGUCAGCACCAGCGUGUGCUGGACCUGCCAUUCAAGAAGGGGACCAAGCGCCCCGAGAAGAGCAAUGCCAUCGACCUGUUUGUCGAAGGUACGCCUCUUGAUGGCGAGGAGCGUGCGCAGUGGGAGUCGGUGUUCGAGACGGUGCCUGCGCCGCUCUCGGCAGAAGAGCGUGCGCAGCACGCUGCGCAACUCAAGGACGUGGUCGUUGCUAGCGAUGCGUUCUUCCCCUUCCCGGACAAUGUGCACCGCGCUGCGCGUUCCGGGGCCAAGUACAUUGCCGCGCCAGGUGGUAGUGUGAUGGACGAUGCGUGUGUGGCUGCGGCGGACGCGCACCAUAUGGUCGUCGCACGCACAAACGUGCGUCUUUUCCACCACUAG